ACUAGUUAGGUUAGAGUUUUACGUACUGAUAUGUAGCGUUAAGUGCCGGUAGGCACGACACAGAAGUAUUCUAACCAAAAUAGUUAAAUGUUUACUAGCACAUUACAUAAAAUAAAAGAUGUCGUUUUAUAUAUGGAAAAAUUAAUUUAGCAGAAUACAUUGACGUAUAUAUUAAAUUUGAUAAGUACAAAAGUGAGAUAUAUACUACCACGCGUUUCCGCAUAACCUAUAUGUUAUGAAAUCUAUGAAGCUUCAAUUACGGAAAUUAGAGUGUUGUAAUUUGAUUUAUGAAUAUGUUAUGAGAUAUUCUAGUAUCUCAGAUAUUUAAUUAGAUUCUGCUCAAGCAUCAAGAUGCCUACGGUAAUAGCACUAGAUGUUUCUCUGUCAAUGAGAAGGCUUGUGUUGAACAAUGGAAUGAAUGAACUGCAAAAUGAACAACUGACACGGCAUCAUUUAGCAGUACAUGGUAUAAACGCUUUAUUACAUUAUUUGCAAGUUAAUUCAAAACUGGAAUUUGUAUCACUGAUGGUAUUUUCAUCGUUGUAUGAAGUGAUUUGCCCUUUUACACGAGAUUAUGACAGUAUACGUGCCAAAUUACAGACUAUUGAGGAGUGGGAUAAAACAUGUAUCGAGUCAGCCCUGCGUGGUGUUAAUAAUGUAAUAAUGGCAGAAUGGGGUAACACAACAGCUUGUCAAGUGAUAUUGAUUACAGAUGGUAACACUGGCAUAGGGCCAAUGUCUUUGAGCCAUUCUUUAACUACCUUAAAUAUUGCACAAGAUGUAAAUCCCUUCCCACUACCUUUCCCAUAUCCAGGGAAAUUAAGCGUUGUUUGUAUUGCGCCGCAACAAGAUCCUGCUUUGCAGAAAGGAUUACCUUUGUAUCAACGUUUAGUUGAUUUAGCUGGUGGUGAUAGCAUUGUAUUAGUCCCAGAAUCACCAUUUGGCAAAUACUCGGUUGCAGCUUGCUUCCAGAAGCUAGCCGAGGCAAAUUACGUUUCAUUCCAAGGAUAUCUGAAAUGUGGUCAUUUAGGCUCUCGUAUUUCGUUGUCACCCCCUCCUAUGCCUUAUACAAAGAAGACCGACUUCGAAUUGAUCUCAGGCUUGGUAAUAUCGAAUACCAUAGAAAUCUGCGGAUUCAUAUCCGUGGGGGAUGUCGGUAGCCCAAGCGCGAUCUCCAGGCAUUUGAUGUUACCAUUGGCAACAGAAAAGACCAUGAGUAUGCAAGGUAUAUCGUUGGAGGAUGAGUCGGACACCGAUGAGGCCGGAGAUGACGGAAAAGUCCCGUCCUUCUGCGUGCUGCUUCAUGGAGCAUUGAAGGUAGAAAAUAUGGCAGCCCUUUGUCAGUUGAAUAAUGACUGGUACGGCUUCAUAUACUCUUGGGCGGACACCAAGAAGAAAUCCAACUUAAUGUUAACGGUAUUAGAACAAGGAAACGAUGUUGUACCGUGGUUAGGUGCUUUCAGCAAUUUAGGUCCGGCGGACGCGGCUGAUGCCGCCGGCGUUAGUUUCCCGGUCAGACCUACCGAGAAAAGAAGUUACACGCAAAAUUCGCCUUCGUGGAUUCGUCAGGUUGGUCUGCAAUCUGACAUUCAGAAGAUACUGAGGCACGCGCGGAAAUUACCUGAGAAAACACAGAAUUUCUACAAGGAGGUGAAUAGAUUACGACGCGCAGCAGCAUCGAUUGGAUUCGUUGAGCUACUGGAAGGAUUAGCAUGUAUCCUGGAGCGAGAAUGUACGUUGCUGCCGCCAAAUCUGAAUCCCGACUGUACGAUACAGAUGGGACACGUGGCAUCGAUGAUCAGGAAGCCGGAAUACCUCGAGCUUAGAUACAAUAUUCCACCCGCACGGACGAAGUUUCAACAGUAAUCUCGAGUCGUGCCACACGUCAGUCGUAUAUAUAUAGUCGUAUUAUUGUAUUUUUAUCGAAUACUGAACGUUGAUAUAGCAGAAAUAAAAUUUGUAUACGUUUUAUUCUUAA